GCAUGGGCAUUGGGUAUGCAUGCGAUUUUAAUAAGGAAAAGAAAAAGCACUAGAAGAGGAAGAGAAAUAGGGUAGGAUCAAGAUUCAUUACAGCGGAAUGCCGAAAUAUUCCUUCGUUUAAUACAAGCAUUUCACUUCUUUCCAUAUAUUUUGAUUUUAGCUUAUAUUUUGAUUUUAGCUUAUAUUUUGAUUUUCUUCUCUUCCUUCUGUUAUACUUCCAUACUUGUAAUCUCCCUCGCCAAUUGAUUGAUUGAUUGAUGUAAGCAUGCGCGAACAAGAGUAAAACUGUGUUGAUAGUAAUGAUAAUGAAAUAGUUAAGGCUUUUACUUACUGGGAUUUUAUUCAUUCAAUUUUUGGCUAAAGUGUAAAGUUUUUGGAGGGCUAAAACAUUGCUUCUUCCGAUUGUCUGUAAAUGAAAAAUAUAUUAGCGGGUUAAUGGUAUAGUAUAUAUACUUAGUAUGUCGGAGGAGCAGCAGCCAAGUGCGCCGGGUGUUGAGGGGCAGUCGGAGAAGGAGAAGGAGAAAGAGAAAGAGAAAGAGCAAGAGCAAGAGGAGGCUGAGGCUGUCUGUGUGCCUCAGGAAAUAGGACCUUCUUCUCCUUUGCCUCUGGUUAAACAUGACGAAGUAGUUGCCAAUCGUGAUCUCUUUUUUAAAACACUGAACCAGUUCCAUUUCGCUGUGGGCUCCAAAUAUCAAGUUCCAACAAUUGGAGGAAAGGAAUUGGAUUUGCAUCGUCUCUAUGUGGAGGUUACUGCUCGUGGUGGCCUUUCAAAGGUCAUCAAAGACAGAAAGUGGAAGGAGAUAAUAGGUAUAUUCAACUUCCCACCAACUACCACCAGUGCCUCAUUUUCUUUGCGUAAAUACUAUGUGAGCCUGCUUAAAGCCUACGAACAGGUUUAUUUCUUUCAGGCACAGGGUCAGUUUGCUGCCAAUAAUGGGAGUACUUGCGUUGAUUCAAAUGAAUUGCUGCCUGAUGUUAAAAGGCAAAAGACAAAAAGUUUUGAUGCACCAGCUGUUGGAGUUGACCCCACAUCGUCAGUAGAUCAACCUGUCACAGGAGUUAUUGAUGGAAAGUUCGAGCAUGGUUAUUUUGUCACAGUUAAGAUGGGUGCAGAUAUUUUGAGGGGGGUUUUGUAUCAUGUGCCAUCUGGAGGUUCAGGUGUACAGCAUGCAGACAUCUCUUAUUUCCAAAGUAGCAAUACUUUUGAUACCACAACUUCAGGACUAAAUGCUCGCCGGAAGAAGCAAAAGGAACGCAUUAGGAGGGAUCCCGAUCACCCUAAGCCUAAUAGGAGUGGCUACAACUUCUUCUUUGCUGAGCAACAUGCAAGAUUGAAAGCACUGCAUCCAGAUAAAGAUAGAGAGCUUAGCAAAAUGAUCGGGGAGCUAUGGAAUAAAUUGACUGAGGAAGAAAGAGUGGUUUAUCAAGAUUUUGGAUUGAAGGAUAAGGAAAGGUACAAAAGAGAGAUGCAAGAAUACAAACAAAAGCUCAAGGGUUCUCAUAUAAGUGAAGUUUCAAGUCAACAAGUGAUGGAAAUUUGGAAUUCUGAUGAUCACAUGUGCAAGCUUCUCUCACCUGUAGCAGCAGAACAAGAAGACUGACUCAAUAAUGGUCUUGAUUUGAUUUAAUCGGAUUAUCUGACACAGCAGAGGCCAAUAUUACAGCAGAGAAAAAAUAUUCAAAUCUGGAAAAUGAUUGUAAAAAGCCUUUCCAAGAACAAUGAGUUUGUGGUUAGCGAAAUUUUUUAAUUGUUUCAAUAUCAUCACAUUUAUCAUGUAGUUGAAGCAUUUUAUUUUUGAGAAGGGAUCACGGAAACUUUGGCAUAUAUCCCAUCUCAGCUGAUAUGCACCAUGGCCGUUUCUUUUUAUUUUGGUCUUGGUGUAUAGUUCUUUGAAAUCAUACCGAUCUUGGUGGGAGCUAAUCUUAAUGCCUCUGCUAGCUUAUUGACAUUGGGCCCCAUUGAGAGGAAGAGAUUCACAAUUCUACAUGUUAGCUGGUGUCCUAUUCUAAUGGUUAAGGUGAAAUUCAGUUGGCAAUUUCAAGAUUACCGCUGCUAAGUAUAGCAUUUUUUUAAGAAUUUGGCUAUGUAACUUUUAAUUGAUUUACUGUAAUUUCAAAUUAUGAUGGUGUUUUCUUGAUCU